UGAAGUAACAGCACCCAGAGCUCGCCAUCAACCAGUGACGAUGGGAGGAGAUCUAACGCCAUGAAUCAGAGGCCUUCCUUUUCCAUCACCCCAACUGCCACGUUGCCUCUCAGGGGACAAAUAAUAAUGGAGGCAUCUCACCUUCUACCCCAACAACGUCUUAAGUGAGAUCUUAAUUUUUUAAUUUUUAUUUUUUUGAGCGCCUCAAAGUGCUAAUGACUUAGAUUACCAAGAAAACAAUCUGGGAGUUUGUCUUCCAGCCUUGCGGAAGGACGGAGGGAGGCCGGAGACUGAAGCUGAGAAAUUGGCUGUGACUGAAAAUAGCCUAGAACGACGUCUGACUUUUAAUUCACAAGUAGAAUUUAGCAGUCUGAGGGUUGGGUUUUCUUUUCAUUUUUUAUGCUUUAUAUUUUUGUACAUGCCCUUCCACUGGGACCUUGUAGUUGCCUGAUCUGAGCCUCCUGGAUGUGAGGCAGAAAAAACAACAACCAACCCUUGCGCUGAACACAGAAGCGGCCUUGUCCUCCAAAAUGGAACUCUCCAGAAGUCCUUUGUUCCAGAACAAGUUUUCGGUUGCCCGCCUGGCAGAGGAGUUUUUCUGGAUUGGAGGCAGCAUAGUAGCCACUCCCAAAUGGAAAAUGGGCCAGAUGGUGGAAAAAUGUAUGAGUUCCAUGCAAGCUGGUACUCAGAUGAUCAAACUCCGAGGCAGUUCCAAAGGUCUUGUUCGCUUCUACUACCUGGACGAGCACAAGUCAUGCAUCCGCUGGAGGCCCUCGCGAAAGAACGAGAAAGCCAAAAUCUCUAUCGAUUCGAUCCAGGAGGUCUGUGAAGGAAAACAGUCAGAGAUCUUCCAGCGCUAUGCGGAUGGCAGCUUUGACCCCAACUGCUGCUUCAGUAUCUACUAUGGAGACCACAUGGAGUCUCUUGACUUGGUGUCAUCCAGUGCAGGGGAAGCUCGGACGUGGAUCACUGGCCUGAAGUACUUGAUGGCUGGGAUUAGCGAUGAAGACAGCCUGUCAAAGCGUCAGAGGACUAGAGACCAGUGGUUGAAGCAAACCUUCGACGAAGCGGACAAAAAUGGCGAUGGCAGCCUGAGCAUCAACGAGGUGCUCCAGCUGAUGCAUAAGCUGAACGUCAACCUACCCCGGCAGAAAGUCAAGCAGAUGUUCAAGGAGGCAGACACAGAUGACAACCAAGGAACUUUGGACUUUGAAGAGUUCUGCGCCUUCUAUAAGAUGAUGUCGACCCGCCGGGACCUGUAUCUUCUCAUGCUCACCUACAGCAACCACAAGGACUAUUUGGAUGUGGAUGACCUCAAACGCUUCCUUGACACUGAGCAAAAGAUGAUUAAUGUGACCAAGGAUCAUUGCCUGGAGAUUAUCAAUCAAUUUGAACCAUGUCCAGAGAACAAGGAACAAGGAGCUCUUGGAAUUGACGGGUUCACCAACUACAUGCGCAGCCCGGCUGGGGAUAUCUUCAACCCAGAGCACUACCAAGUCAACCAGGACAUGACUUGCCCUUUGAGUCACUACUUCAUCACCUCCUCUCAUAACACCUACCUCAUGGGGGACCAGCUGAUGUCUCAGUCCAGAGUUGACAUGUACUCUUGGGUUCUGCAGUCUGGAUGUCGUUGCGUUGAAGUUGACUGCUGGGAUGGACCAGACGGUGAGCCUAUCGUCCACCAUGGCUACACCCUCACCUCCAAGAUCCUUUUUAAAGAUGUGAUUGAGACCAUAAACAAAUAUGCCUUCGUCAAGAGCGAGUACCCUGUCAUUUUGUCAAUCGAGAACCACUGCAGUGUGGGGCAGCAGAAGAAGAUGGCCCAGUAUCUUAUUGAAAUCCUGGGGGACAAACUGGACCUGUCUUCUGUGAGCAAUGAAGAUCCCACAAAGCUGCCUUCUCCAGAAAGUCUGAAAGGGAAAAUAUUGGUCAAGGGGAAGAAACUUCCAGCUAACAUUAGCGAAGAUGUAGAGGAAGGAGAAGUGUCUGAUGAGGACAGUGCCGAUGAGAUGGAAGAUGACUGUAAACUGAUGAAUGGAGACGCCUCGACCAAUCGGAAGCGAGUGGAGAACAUCGCAAAGAAGAAGCUGGACUCUCUUAUCAAGGAAUCCAAAAUCCGCGACUGCGAAGACCCAAAUAAUUUCACAGUCACCGCCAUGACGCCCUCUGGGAAACUUGGCAACAAGCAUGAUUUCAAGAAGAACAAACAUGAGGAGGAUGUGGAAUCCGGGGAGGAUGCUGUCAUCAACAAACGCCACAACCGAUCGCUGAUGGGGAGUUUUUCCAAGCGCAAGAAAAAAGGAAGCAAACUGAAAAGGGCAUCAAGUCUGGAAGAGGGUGAGGAUGACCUUGACUGUCAAGGGAACUUAGCCAGAGGCUCGGUACAUUACAGCAAAACAAACCGACAGAAGAAAACCAUGAAAUUAUCCCGAGCGCUCUCUGACCUGGUGAAAUACACUAAAUCCGUUGGGAUCCAUGACGUAGAAUCUGAAGUCUCUUCCAGUUGGCAAGUCUCCUCUUUCAGCGAAACGAAAGCUCACCAGAUCCUCCAGCAAAAGCCGGCCCAGUAUCUGCGCUUCAACCAACACCAGCUGUCGCGAAUCUACCCUUCCUCCUAUCGCGUGGACUCCAGUAAUUACAACCCUCAGCCCUUCUGGAAUGCUGGGUGCCAAUUGGUUGCUCUAAACUACCAGUCAGAGGGGAGAAUGCUUCAGUUGAACCGCGCCAAGUUCAGUGCCAAUGGAAACUGUGGCUACGUCCUCAAACCCAAGUGUAUGUGUCAAGGGAUCUUCAACCCAAAUUCCGAAGACCCACUGCUUGGCCAGAUGAAGAAGCAGCUCGUGUUACGAAUCAUCAGCGGGCAGCAGCUUCCCAAGCCCAAGGACUCCAUGCUGGGAGACAGAGGAGAGAUAAUAGAUCCAUUUGUGGAAGUGGAAGUAAUCGGGUUGCCUGUGGACUGCUGUAAAGAGCAGACAAGAGUCGUGGAUGACAAUGGUUUCAAUCCAAUGUGGGAAGAAACUCUGGUGUUCCCUAUUUGCAUGCCAGAAAUCGCCCUGAUUCGGUUCUUGGUGUGGGAUCAUGACCCUAUUGGGAGGGAUUUCAUCGGACAGAGGACAAUAUCGUUUACAAGCAUGAUGCCAGGCUAUCGGCAUGUCUACCUGGAAGGCAUGGAGGAGGCGUCUAUCUUUGUUCACGUAGCUAUCAAUGAGAUAUGUGGUAAGGCCAAGCAAGCUCUGGGCUUAAAAGGCCUGUUUCUCAGAAAUCCAAAGCAGGCCUCUCUAGACAGUCAUGCUGCUGGCCAACUCAACCGCAAACACUCCUUUAGCAGCCACAUUUUACGGCGGACUGCCAGCGCGCCCACCAAGACCCAGAAGAAAACCAAAAAGGGCUUCCCCGAGAUUGCAAUCGACACCAAAGACCACGGCGGCUCCCAAGGGGACGGCGAGGACCGCGAACUGGAGGACGACUCCUCCCUCCCUCGUUUCGACCAAGAGCCCGAAUGCGGGUCCCCGGCACCCUCUCUCGGAGACGGUGUCCACAGGGAGGCUCAAGGCAAAGGGUUGAAAGAUGUCCGCCAAUUCUCAAUGCAGAGGUCAGUCACUUCAUUAUGUAGCCUGGAGACCAUCAAUGAAGAGCCCUUUGUUGCCAACGAGGACCAGCCUGCUCCUUUUUGCCUUUCUCUGCCCACUGCUCCUGCUAGCGAUCCCAAGGAAGGGUCUGUGCCUGAUAAUUCCCAUGACCCGUCAGAUCAGCUUCAGAGAGUUCCUCUUCCGCAGCACACGGUGGUGGUUUUGGAGGACAGAAGGUUCCUUGCUCCCAGCCCAACCAUCACAAGUAUUCUGGGACCAAAAAAUGUUAAGAGAAACGAGAAACAAGGAGGUGAUGGAGGUCAAGCUGGUUCACAAACUCAGGAUGAUGUAGCGUUGGCCAACCUUGGGCCUCAUUCUACCCAUAGUUGCCAGAAGAAGAGAGAUGGCAUGGCUGAAGAACUGAUGGAUGUUGAGAGAGUGGACGAGAAGGCCAGCAAUGCAGCUAGGCAACCGCAACAAUGCAACGUGGAGAGCACCACACUAGCUUCACCUCGAGAUUCUCCCCAAGUAACUCAAGGUGCCGCAGUCCCCCACACGUCUCGUGUGAUAGUGAGGAGGUCGAAAAGCGAAGGGCAGAACCUUUGUGACUGCUCAGUUCCAAUGAGGUCUCCUGGUGGCUUCUCACCAGCAGCUGCAGUGUACUCUGAUGCCACAGUGAAUGACCGUAUCUGGAGCAAGCUGGACUCCAGCAGUCACAGGGACAGCAUGUCUUCCUCUUCUAGCAUGUCCUCCAACGAUACGGUCAUAGACCUCUCCAUGCCCAACCUCACCCGCAAAAGCCUCCCAGACCUUGGAAUCCAGCAUGAGAACUUCAAAGUCAUCCCCGAGAGGAGAGGUGCACGCCCGUGGUCCGCGAGUGCCGCUUCCGGGCGUGAAAUGCCCAUGGUGACCAAGAGCAAAUCCAAUCCCAACUUGAGGUCAGGCCAACCCACAGAGGAUGAGCUGCGCCCUAGACCGCUAGCCAAGGGUCUCGAGCUAGGGUUGCCAUCCCUACCCAGAAGGCACACCUGGAGCCGGUUGUAUAUGGAGAGCCUCAAGCAGUCCUGCCUGAAGCCGAAAGGCCAGGAGAGCGACCAGGCCAAAUCGAAAAGCCUUGGUGACCUGACCUCGGAUGACAUCACGUCCGUCUUCGAGGGCAAGUACCGCAGCAUCAGCCGGAGCUUCAUCACCCGGUCGAUGAGGGAGCAGCGGCACUGUGCGGCAGCCAGGUCCUCGGCAAAGCCCCUGGACCCUCUCACGGAGCGCCUGAAGAAGCUAACCACCUUCCAGCAGGAGAAUGACAUCACUUCCCCUACCAGCCUCGAGCCAAUUGAGUCCGAGGAGGAAGAGGAAGGGGUGGGCCUCCUCCGAAGGUCUUCAUCCAGGAGCCAGAGCAGAGUGAGGUACAUCGCCAACCGGGCCAAGCAGGCACAGGAGAGGCAGAGGCUGAAGAGCCUGGCGCUGAACAAGGGGAGCCCUAUUGAGGAGCGAGGGAACCCCGAAGGGGCCUGUUGCUUCACCAAAGGGGCCUGUAUGGACACGGCCUCCGCCGGCCUGUUUACAUCCCCACUCAAGAACCAAGCUGACUUGAACCGUGACACCGAAGUCGUCUUUAUUUUCAAACUCUAACGCUGGGAAGGGCUGAACAAGCUUGAUGUUUACAUUCCUGUAAGAGCAAAACCAACAAAACAAACAAACCAUACACACACAUAUAUAUAUUUUUAAUAAAACGCACAGGACGCAAAGAGCCCUUGUCCGAGGAUAGCACUUCUCCCCCUCCUGCUCCCAGCCUCCAAAGGACAAUUUAUGUGUGUGGAAAAUUAUACUAAUACUAAUACUAAUAAUGCAAAUUUGUAGCAUGCAAUAUGGGCAAUGGGCAACCAGAAUGUUCCUGGGGGAAGGGAAUAGAUCCUGCAAAGAUGUCCCCCCCCCCAUCUUCCCUGGGAAACAUGUCUGUGGAUCUGCAUGACCAUUCUCUCUUCCUGUCUGAGUUCCCCCUUUUUCUUUUCUUGGUAAGGCGAGUCUUCAAUAUGCGUUGGACUUAAAGCUGAUGCCAGUUGCUGCCUUAAUCUUCCCACUGAAGCUACUACAACAGGGUUGGGGGAACUCUAUUCAACCCAAGGGCCACAUCUGGGCAACCUUUUGAGGGCCACAUUCUUGUGGUGGGUGGAGCAAAAGGCAAAAGUGGGUGGAGCUAGUUUCUACACACACACACACACACACACACACACACACACACACACACUAACCUCAGUCUCUCCAUCCAAGCAAGAAGCAUAAGUUAAAGGGCACAUUCCAGCCAGGCAAAAAUAUUUGGGUCGCAAAGCAGAGCAAAGUGAGGGAUGUGGUCUGAGUAAAGGCUGUGUGGCCUGGGGCAAAUCCUGAGGUCCAGGUAGAAAUGCCUGCAGUUCCCCACCAUUGUGCUACAGCCUGACUUCAGUUGCGGAAGCCAAAGCAGCAUUUGGUACAUGCAAAAGCUCUGGCGCUUGUUCUGCACUUGUUUUUCUGUAUAGCUGAGAGUGGUGUGAAAGACCUGCUUAAUUGAUUGAUUGAUUGAUUGAUUGUUUUUCUGGGGCAGAGCUGGGGGAAAUGUACUCACCCUGGGCAGCCAUGUCUUUAGCAUGUUACCUUUAACACUUUUUGGGGUGGGGCGUAUGUGACUGCAAUGGCCUGUCUCCAGCCUUUGGGACAUAUUCCCCAGCCAUUUUGGCCUUCCUCGCUUCCUGUUCCCUGCACUGCUUGCCUGUGGGAAUCUUCUGCCUCUUCUCCAAUGGAGGCUGGCCCAUCGGGGCAAACGGGGCACUGCCCUGUCAACCUCAGUCUGCCUCUCAGCCAGCUCUCACCUGCAUUGCCUUCUUACUUCCACCCGGUCCAGCUGUCAGCUUCCUCCUCUUCAGUGAUGCCCCUGGUAGAUCUCAGCAGGAAGAAGGAGGAGAGGAGCAAAAAUAGUAUUCGUUGGCUUAGCUUGUCAUUGGCUCUGACCCUACCUCCCAUUGGCCAGGCGGGUGGUUCAAAUCCCCAGGGCUGUCUGUAAGUAGGAAGGCAGAAAGACAGGUUCUGCCUGAGUGCAGACAGAGGUUAGUGGUUCAGUGCCCAAUUGCCCGAACGCGUCAGCCUCCUCUGGAGUAGAGAUGGGCGACUCCACCUAACUUCCAGCCUCUCUCGCUUUUGCAUGUGUCCACUCAUAAGCCUGUCUCACGUUAACCUCUGAUAAUAUACACACAUUUUUAAAAUCAGCAUGGAAAGUUUGCAUUCAAUUUGUUUUCUAAACAGCAUGCAUUUUUUUUAGAGA